UCCGUGAUCAUAUAUUUUGUAGAUAACUGCGCAAAACCACUCAUACGUGUCCUGCAUAAAAUGUCAUCGUCCACUCUUCUUGCUGGUCCUCUCGGUGAUGCCUGCUUCAAGACAGUCAAGCACACUGGAACACCGGUAGGACGUGCUAUCGAAGUUGCUGGUGUGCCAACGUACAUUUCUGAGCCGGCCGAGUCCACUGGCACCCAGAAGAAAGUCAUUCUUUUCUUCGCAGAUGUCUUUGGCCCUUUCUACUUGAACAAUAAAUUGGUGCAGGAUUACUUCGCCUCCUUUGGUUUUACGGUGUUGGGCAUCGAUUACUUCUUCGGGGACUCGAUGCUGAACCACAUGGAUGAUGCAGGCCGUCCUGCCUGGAUCGCAAAGGCCAAACAGGAGGCUGCAGAGUGUGCCCCACGAUGGAUCGAGGCCGUGAAAGAGACCUAUGGAACUACUGAUACAAAGUAUUGCGCAGUUGGAUACUGCUUUGGUGCUCCUUUUGCAACCGAUCUUGCUGCAACCGACUCAAUCGUGGCAGCUGCAUUUGCCCACCCUAGUGCUCUUAGCGAGGAACAGUUCCAGAAAGUGAAGAAGCCGUUGUUAUUGUCGUGUGCAGAGGUCGAUAGAGCGUUCCCUGUAGAAGCCCGUCGGCGCGCAGAAGAUAUCUUGGUCGCGAAUAAGACUCACUACCACAUCCAAGUGUUCGCAGGCGUAUCGCAUGGAUUUGCCACGCGUGGCGAUUUAAAUAACGAGACAGAGUGCUGGGCUAAAGAAGAAAGUGCUCGAGGAAUCAUCGGGUGGUUCUCUAGAUUUGCGUCUGUCUCUGAAUCGAAGCUCUAAAUUUAAGUUGGGUAUUAUUGCAUAUAUAAACUUUAUACGUAUGUUGUAUUGAUAUUGUAUCCGUACCUGGACAAGUAGCUGGAUGGAUUUAUUAUUUCCAAGCUGACCACGCAUCUCAGAACAUGAUAUCUACGUUGACGUUGAAUUUGAGUUGAUUUUG